AUGACCUUUUCUAAUAAAGACUUGGAGAGAAUUCAAACCCCACACAACGAUGCCUUGGUAGUAACGCUUCGUGUCAAGGAUUUUGACAUUAAGCGAAUUUUGAUCGACCAAGGCAGUUCAGUCGAGAUCAAAUACUACGACACAUUCAAACAGAUGAAAUUAGAGGAAUGGCUGAUCGGGAAGAUCAUUUUGCCAGUCAAAGCAGGGACAGUAACAAAGCAAGUAGAGUUCUGGCUGCUGAAGGUCCCAUCAACGUACAAUUUGAUCUUGGGGAGGGGUUGGCUGCAUGCCAUGCAGGCAGUGGCUUCAACUUAUCAUCAGGUCAUGCGUUUCCCCACCCCAACCGGACAAAUUAAAAAGGUCUGA